AAACAAAGCUGUCCGGUAAAAAAGGAGGUUACCCCCAAACAAGCCCUUACCCGUAGCCAGAAAAAGAAAGCCAAAAAGAAGUUAAAGCUUGCAAAGGUAGUGGAACAAAAUUGGGACGAUUAUGAAGAUGACUAUCUCUAAAACUUAUCUACAGAAGGGUUUAUUUCUUGCUUCUCUCAUUUUGUGAUUAUGCACAGGUAAGAUUUUAGAGGUAUGAAUCUCAGUGCAGGUAAUUGCUACCUAUGGUGAUUUAAGGUUUGUUUCUUUUGAGGCUUAGUAACAGUCGUCUUCAUGGUCCAUGGUGUUCACUGAGAGUGGAGUAAUGGAGCUGCAGGACUCCAACCUCCUUGUUCCAUGCCAUUAUUUUUGCCUCUUUUAUUUGGUUUCCAGUGAGAUGAGUUCUGGACUCACUCUGUUAUCUAGCGCAGAUCCUGAGUUAAAGGGGGCUAUUUCAUCUGAUAUAAAGAGCCGACACUCUCCCAUUCUGACUUUGUUUUCUAUAGCUUGGAGCUACAGCCUGGUCCUAAUUUACACUCAACUUCUGCAGACUACAGCCUGGUCCUGGCGCAAAUUUCAACAAACCUGUAUUAUUGAUGUCCAUGUAGAUUUUUUGGAAUGUUAUCUUUGUUUGGGAUAUCUAUCUUUUGGUGCGUGUAUUUCCAUUAAUCUUCCUUGGCCAAAUUGUAGGGGCAUCUGGCCACCCCAUUUGCGUAUAAACUACCCGACCCGACCCUUAAAGUCUUCUUCCUUUUACUUUUUAAUGGGUUGUAAGUCGUAACCCGCGAGUAGCCGGCAAUUACUCGUAAAUCUUUUAAUUAAGCCGACGAGAAGCAAAUUCACUUCCUCGCCCGACCCGCAUCGCAUCUUCAAAGAUCGAAUCGUGCCUGAAUUGGACGAUUAUACGAUUGGAAUCCACGUUUUUACCUUCAAUUCCGGAUCUUUGCUGCGAUUCAGAUCUUUCCAGGUAACCUGCCGCAUUUUAAUUGAUGACAAGUCAAAUUCUAGGCGGAAAAAGCUAGGCAACCAAUUUGGCAUCCCCAAUAUCUCACCCACACGCCUGGGCGUCGCCUAGGCGACGCUUAGGCGACGCCUUGAUAACAAUGCAUACGAGGAAGUAUUGACUAUUGUACAUAGGUUUUGUUCAUCUUUUAUUUUUUAAAUGUGCUUUUUAUUGUGGUUUUCAUAAGGGAAGCAAAUAACUUUCAUACACAUUGGGUUGACGCACUAACUUAGCACAUCUCCUUCGAGAUGUUCGAAGCUGUACAACAGGUCCUUGGCGUCCCAUUUGGAUCGUACUUUGAGGUGCGUGCUAUGCUUGUUUUUAAUCUCUAUUUGUGUAUUUGCUUAAAAUUACAUAUUCUUUUAAGUUAUUGUGGUUUACUAGCAUCUAACUUUCAUGGUUGUGCUUUGAGAACUGAAAAUUCUCAAAAUCUAGACAACAAGAAUUUACAAUUCAAAAUGAAAUACAUUUGGCCAGUCUUUUCCAUAGUUGAUUCAUGAACACAUUGGAGUUAAGAUUAAGAUCUGGAUGAUCUUGAAGGGGCAUACAAAUUGUAAGAUUGUACAACACACAUGUAGAUAUUGAUUGUAGGGUGGGUAGGAGAUGAAAGUUUUGAAGUGCAAAGUGAAAGUGCAGCACAAGAUAUUGUUGUGUGCAUAAAUUAAAAACAGAGGAUGCUAUAAACAAAGACAAAACUGCAGCAUUGAAGAGCAAAGUCAAAGUGCAGCAAAAGACUUCUAAAGUCCCUUGUUCCUAGAUAGCCACUAUAUUGGAAGUGUUUUCUUCUUAAAAGGUUUGCUUAUUGCAAUUCUUUGCUCCAAGUUAGAACUCUUGCCGAUAAUGACACGAGUUAUCUUUUCCCUAAAUAAGUGUAGUUUCAUGCUGGAUUGGGAUCAAUAAAAUUUAUAUUUGGGAAAUGGUAGUUCUUUUGUAACCUGCUGUAUUGGCCGAUUUAUAAUUUGUGAUUUUUAUGAAACCCAGUUUGUCUGCAGAAUCACACACUUGUAGACUGCCUUUCUUUUGUAUUUGUCCUGGUGAAUGGAGUACAACAACAAACAGAUGUAUAUGAUUUCUUUUUUAGUCAAUUCGACUUCAUGCUCUGUUUUUAGUAGAACCAUUAUCAUUUUUGCAAGCUGUUUGACAUCUUCUUGACAGAGGAAUGAAGAUCUCAUUAUAGUUCAUGAUCCUCUAGAAUAUGGAAACUGUCAAUCAUCUCAAAUUGGGAGUAACAAUGAGCUCUUUAUUGCAAAACAUUCAAAUUGUGUCAUGUUAUGUGCAUUUCUAUCACCUUCAGUAUUCUUCCAAUAAUAAUGACGUGCGAUUGGCUGCAGAUACCAAAGUAUGGAAUAUUCGAGAAUGUGAACUCACUGAAGGAUCUAGCAGAAAUGCCACAUUGGACACCUGAGAGGGAUAGUAAUCACAGUCCAUAAACUGUUAGCUACUCAAUUCCCAACUAACUUAGACAUGGCCUGUUCAUAUAAAUCAAUGUAUGGGCCCACAGUAAGUCCAGUAUUUUGCAAAUGAAAUGGCCAAGUAACUCCUUUAACUCUUAAUACCAAUGUUUUGAAAAUCGGACCGGGCAUCGACCCGGAUGAGCAAGUGGGUCAAGGGCUAACUGGUCGAACCGGUCAACUCCGGGGUCAAUGACCCGGUCAAAUAUAUGUAAAUAAUAAUAUUUUAUAUUA